UUACAAAAUUUAAUUUAGGUUAUAAUUUAUAAUCGAUAACUAUUAUAAUUUUUAAUUAAACUUAAAAAAUGGGCGUUUUAAAAGCUGAUAUUGAUCAAUUAAGAAAGUGGCGUGAAAAUAAUGAAAGAAAAAGCAGGGAAACUUUGGAUAUCUGGUUGGAUAGACUUUGGCUGAAUAUCGAUAGUUUAGGAAACGAGAAGUAUUUAAUCUUGGAACAAGUUUGUAUAGCUGCCCUGGACUGUCAUGUCUUAAGCGUGGCAAAAACAUGCAUAGAAAACUUAUACAAAGAGUUUCCAAACAGUUUGAGGGUAAAGAAACUUGAAGCGAUGCAUUUUGAAGCUAAUGAAGAUUUUGAUAAUGCACUGGACAUAUUAAAUGCUAUUAUUAAAGUAGAUGAAUCAAACAGUGCAGCUAGAAAACGCAAAGUGGCUGUUUUUAAGGCUCAAGGCAGGAUUGUAGAUGCCAUCAAAGAGCUAACGGAAUAUUUAAAAAUAUUCAUGGCUGAUGUAGAUGCUUGGCAAGAAUUGAGUGAACUUUAUAUUUCUGAAAAUGACUUUGGUAAAGCUGCGUUUUGUGUUGAAGAGUUGAUCUUGCACAAUCCACAUAAUCAUUUGCUUCAUCAAAGAUAUGCAGACAUAAAAUAUACGCAGGGAGGUGUAGAAAACUUGGAAUUGGCCAAGUCAUAUUACUCACAAGCCCUAAAAAUGAACCCUAAAAAUAUGAGAGCACUUUACGGCUUGUAUUUGACUGCUUCAAGUCUGUCAACUUCGAGUAAAAGUACAACCCAGAAGAAGAAGGAAGCCACAAAAAUAGUUGAAUGGAGUUUAAAACAAAUAAAGAAUAAAUAUGCUGAUGCAGAUGUAAUGGUCAGUGCAUUGGCAGCUUUGGAAAUUUAAAUGUUUGGUUGUGGUUGUAGGUAUGUUGUUUUUGUUUAUAAUGUAUAGGAAAUAAAGAAAAAAAAUGUUUAAGAUAAAA